AUGGGGCGGUGCAUAAUACUUCUGCUGGCGGUGCAGCUGGCCAGCACCAGCUACCUGCUUCCUGGCGACGUGGCGCCGAAGCACUACGACCUGAGGCUCGCUUUCGACGUGGACCCGAAGACCAACUACAGCUUCUUCGGCGUAGCGGACAUACUGCUGAACGUCAAAAGUGCCACGUCCAAGAUAGUCCUGCACGCCCAGGACUUCACCGUGGCGGAGGACAAGGUCACGUUGCUGGGCCCAAGUGACGCGCCCAGCGUACUCGGCCUCGAACUGAACGACACCUACAACUUCCUCACCAUCAAUCUGGAGAGCAAUCUAGCGGAGGGCGCCGAUUAUCUGCUGAGGAUACCCUUCUACGGAAACCUGCAGACUGGGUUGGACGGUGUGUACAUAAGCACGUACGUCAAUAAGAAGAUCAAGGCUAAAGAGUAUCUGAUAGCGACGCAGUUCGAGGCGACCUACGCGCGCAAAGGAUUCCCCUGCUUCGACGAGCCCCUAUACAAGGCGACAUUUCGCCUCAACAUAGGCCACCAUAGGGACUACACGGCCGUAUCCAAUAUGCCCUUAUUCAACUCCUCCAAUGAGAACGCCCUUGAGAACGUCUGGCCGUGGGAGAAGAUCGGAAAGAAGUUCAAGAAUGACAUAUCUCAUUUCGUGUGGGACCAGUUCGAGAACUCUGUGCCGAUGUCCACUUACCUGGUGGCCUUCGUGGUCUCCAAGUUCGCGCACGUCGAGAGCCCGCCUCGGCUCUCCAACACCAAGUUCAGGAUAUGGGCGAGGGAAGACGCCAUAGACCAGACGGCGUACGCGGCGAACAUAGGCCCCCGCGUGCUCUCCCACUUCGAGCGCUGGUUCAACGUGAGCUUCCCGCUGCCGAAGCAGGACAUGAUCGCCAUACCGGACUUCAGCGCGGGCGCCAUGGAGAACUGGGGACUGGUCACCUACCGCGAGACGGCGCUGCUCUACGACGGGGCGCAGUCGUCGUUUCUCAACAAGGAGAGGGUCGCCGAGGUGAUAGCGCACGAGCUGGCCCACCAGUGGUUCGGCAACCUGGUCACCAUGAAGUGGUGGUCGGACCUCUGGCUGAACGAGGGCUUCGCCACGUUCGCGGCGUCGGUGGGCGUGGACGCCGUGGAGCCCGCGUGGCACGCGGACAGGGGCUACGCCGUGGACAACGUGCUCUCCGUGCUCAGCCUGGACGCCCUGGAGUCCUCGCACCCGGUAUCCGUUCAGAUCGACGAUCCGAAACGCAUUUCGGAGAUCUUCGACGAGAUUUCGUACCGCAAAGGCUCGACUAUAAUUCGCAUGAUGGUCAUGUUCCUCGGCGAUGCCGUCUUCAGGGAGGCCAUCCACAACUACCUGGUGAAGCAUUCGUAUUCGAACGCGGAGCAGGAUGACCUGUGGAACGAGCUGACGGCGGCGAGCGAGCGCCACGGCGGCCUGACGAGGAACGUCACGGUGAAGGAGAUCAUGGACACCUGGACCACGCAGACCGGCUACCCGCUGCUCACCGUCACCAGGGACUACGGGGACAAGUCGCUCACCAUCUCGCAGAAGCGGUACCUGGCGCUGGGCGCGAGGAGCCCCUCGGGCGCCUCGUGGUGGGUGCCGCUGAGCGUGCUCUGCCGCGGCGAGGGGGUCCAGGGUUCGCGGCCGCUGCAGUGGCUGGCGGCGGGCGAGGGCGUCGCGGCGCUGCACCGCUUCGAGCACGGCGCCGCGCCCCACCAGUGGGUGCUCUUCAACCAGGACAUGAUCGCUCCAUACCGUGUCAACUACGACCCUCAAAACUGGCAGCUGCUGGUGGACACCAUGACCGGCGCCCAGUAUACCGAGGUGCCUGUGCUGGGGCGGGUCCAGCUUCUAUCGGACGCCUUCGAGCUGGCCUGGACCAACCAACUGGACUACUCCACCGCCUUGCAGCUGGUGAGCUACCUGCAACGAGAGACUGAGUACUUGCCACUUUCCACUGGAUUAAGAGCGCUGUCCAGGGUCGAGAACGUUCUCAAACGCUCCCCGGACUAUGGUGCCUUCCAGAAGUUCGUGAGGCGGCUCAUAGGGGAGACUUAUAACAGAGUCGGCGGGUUGGCAACAGGCAAGAUCAACAAUGGCGAUGACUUGAACAGUGUUAAGAUGCAGGUUAUGACCAGCGCUUGGGCGUGCCGCAUGAAAGUUCCCGGCUGCGAGGAGAACGCCAUUGCUCUGUUCGACAAAUGGAUGAACUCCCCUCGACCUGACGAAGAAAACCCCAUCCCGCUGGACCUGCGGCGCACCGUGUACUGCGUGGCGGUGGCGCGGGGCUCCGUGCGCGAGUGGCGCUUCGCCCUCGAGCGGCGGCGCGCCUCCAACGUGGCCGCGGCCAGGGACCAGCUGCUGCACGCGCUGGCCUGCUCGCGCGACGUUUGGAUCCUGGCCCAGUACCUGGAGUGGGCGGUGACGGAGGGCUCGGAGGUGCGGCGGCAGGACGCGGCGGCCGUGGUCGCGGCCGUGGCCCGCUCCGCCAACGGCCUCUACGUCGCCAGGGACUUCCUCUACGGGCGCAUCGCGGACGUGCACGCCGCAUUCAGCCAAGGCCGCCGUUUGGGCUACAUUUUCAAGACCCUACUGGACCAGUUCACCACUCAAAAGGAGCUGGAUGAGUUCUUGGCGUGGCGCGAGGUGAACGCCAAGUAUCUAGAGGAGUCGAGCCUCGCCGUCGACCAGGCGGUGGAGAGGGCGCGGGUCAACAUAGACUGGCUGAGUCGCAACGGGCGCCACGUGGUCGCCCGUCUGCGCGAGUUCUCCUCUCAGCGGCGAGUGCCCACUCUCGACUCGUGGCAAGCGCAACCAGCCUUCAUGCAAUCUAUAUUCGCUAUCCACAAUAUAUCCAGUCAUAGGCUGCCGGCUUACAAGUACAACAUUGGAAUG